AUGCCAUCCUUAUUGAAAGCUGUUAAAGAGGAGCCAUCAGAUGAAAUUGGGGACAACUUCCAGGCACCGCACAACUUCAACUCUAUUCGUGUCAAAGAGGAUCCAGAGAACCUAUUGGAGAAAGUUAGCCCAGCUGAAAAAUACCUUCUGCAUCAAAACAUCCGCCCACAAACUACCGCAGCUGUUGUCAAAGAAGAACCUAUGGAAUUCGACGUGAUUGAGCAAGAUUACCAGCGCCACUUUUAUCCCCACUUGCCCCAACCUCAACUCGACCAGCAGUUCCGCCAGCAUCAAAUUUACACUCAACCCCGCAAUUCUUUUGAUUUGAACGUUAAAGCUCCCCCAGGAUCUGAAGAUGACAUGCCUCACAUCUUUCGUGGGUUACAUCUUUCCUCCCAAGCAAAACGAAACGAUUUAGAAUCUGAAAAGGCCGUUUACUACGAGGUGCCAGCAAAAAGGCGCAAUCUUGAAGUGACGAAGGACAAGGGCAAAAAGCGUUUACUUGAAGAACCGACAACUCCCCCUCAACCUUCGAGAAACCCUUCAAAAUUGAUGAAGAUUACGAAUUCAAAACCUUCUCAACAAACACGUGACCAUAUUCAAACUCAGCUAGUGAAAUCCUGGGGCCCCAGCACCUCAGAUCAUAUUCUUGCCAAAAUUAUGGCCCUUGCAGUGCAUAAUUACAUCCACAGUGAAGUAAUUCAACCGCAAAAAAUUAAGCUACCAAUGAAAUUUAUCAAUCAGAAACUUCUCGAAGAUACUCCCCUCUUACAAAAACUGCUGGAUAUGCGGAACGCUCUCCUGGAUGAAAUGACAAAUUCACCACUUCGUGGUCUAAAGUGGAGCCAACCCCCUCUUGCAGGACUGGAAAAUCAUUAUUUGCGAGAAUUCCAAGGUAUUUUUACCCAACGGGAAACAGCUAAUGGAGCCUACACACCGAAUUACUGCAAAGCUGAUAUGAGUCAAGCGAUCGAAAACAUUGAAGCCAUCUUGACAUCCGCAUCUAGUCGCCUGGGGGAUUUCCAGUAUUCUACUUUGGUUCGGGGGAUGACUCACAGGGAGACUGCAAUUUCGCCAUCUCAUCCAGGAGGAUCAAUUUUCCAAAGAAUCGGCCAGGACUCGGUGAUCAAUGGCAAUGUGAUGUCUGAACAGAAGAAAGAAGCACGGGGUUGGAAAAUUAAUAAUAAUGGAGACGACUUUGUCAACCCUCAAAAGAAAAAGAAAGUGUUGCUCGAUGGAAAAGCCCUCCGAAAAGCCAUCGCGAAGUCCAUAAUUCUCGAUGGAAUACUCUCUGCAAGGAUCAGGUUGGCAUUUGAAUCGACAGAUCAUCCAGAGGAACAGUCAAUCGUUUAUUACAGCAGUGUUGCGGGUGCUAUCACAGAUAUAUAUAUAGAUUCCGUGGAAUUGAAAGAAAUUGUACCUCCAACUCAACCUUUCUCAGCAAAGGAUGAAGCUUUUAGGAGAGUUUUGGUAGUCUUCACGCACUUCUUGCAGCCCAUUUUCCUAGUGGAUGGAUUUGGCGAGUCGAUCUUCACCAAUGUCCAAUUGGACUUACUGGACAUCCGUCGAGCCCCCACGCUUCCAUACAAAAUGAAUAUUAUCGAGCAUCUGGAAAUCAUGAGGAAGUUGUUUGUGGAUCCCAGUCGGGGGCCCUGGGAAAGGCUGGGAGUUUUCAAAGCAGGAAGCAGUGAAAUCGUCUCCGCAAUCAAAACUAUCGAGAAAGAACCGCCGAAAGGAGUUGAGCGCGUCAAAAUGAUUGCAGAACUGAUGCAGCGUCGAGGUAGAGGUGAUCAGAAUCACCCACAACCCCAACUGCAACCGCAACCAGCUGCGAGCAUCGGCAGCAACCAGGCGGGAGAAACUCAAAUGAUCCCAAUUCGGUUACCAAUGCCAACAUCUAGGUAA